UUUUGAAAUUAUAGCACUUUGAUGUUUUAGUGGUUUUCAUCAUGGGGAGCAAGGCUAUACACCAGUUGCUGUUAGCUUUUGGGCUGCUUAAUUUGUAUUUCUAUCAUGUCUCUGCUGCUUUCGGAUCCAAGAAAUUUGUGCAUCCUUCGAAAGCACAUAAGGCUGUAGUUAUACAGAGUGAGGGCUGGGCACAGCAAAGAGCGGGGUCUGCUCAAACCGUGUCGGCGCAGUGUACAGAGACGGAGGUAAUCGUGAGUAUCCGUCCUGAUCUGUUUGGUAUUAGGCAUCCUGUCCAGCCGUCCGACUUGACAUUAGGAGGGUGUGGAGUGACCAGUCAAGUGUCCGCGCCUCCUACCUUCGUGAUCGAAGCACCGCUGCAGGGAUGCAACAGUAGCGUUACGGUGCUUACUGAUGAAAUAGUGUACAACUUCACCCUUGAGUACAAACCCUCUUCAAUUCCUGGUAUUCCCAUUAUGCGAACCAACCCAGCUGUAGUGCAGAUUGAAUGCCAUUAUCCCAGGAAUCACAAUGUUAGCAGUAAUGCUCUAAAUCCUACUUGGGUCCCCUAUACCUCCACUGAAUCUGCUGAAAAUAUUCUGGGAUUCUCUCUGGAUAUAAUGAACAGUGACUGGAGUGGUCCAAGUUCCUCCAACACAUUCUACCUAGGUGACCUCAUUAACCUUCAAGCAUCGGUAGACAACACUAACCAUGUGACUCUGCGAAUCUUUGUGGACAACUGUGUGGCUUCUCCUGCUUCAGAUGGUUCUGCCCCAACAUACACAUUCAUUGGAAACCAUGGGUGCUUUACUGAUGGCCAACUGACCAACUCCAGUUCCCAGUUCAUAACUCCCAGGGUUGAUUCAUCUACCCUUCAAUUUGAACUUGAUGCCUUCAGGUUCUAUGAUGUGACUGCAAGCUCAAUUUUCAUUACCUGUAAUUUGACGGUGACACUGGCUUCUCAGGGUACUGACUCCUUGAACAAGGCUUGCUCUUACAUACCUGGAGUGAGCAAGUGGACCUCUGUAGAUGGCGAUGACUUGGCAUGUAGCUGCUGUGAUGCAAACUGUGUUGCUGAUCUCCCUGGAAGGAAGAAGGCAGAGAAGCGUAAACAAAGACCAAGAAGGAAUGCUCUAACCAUCCCUGCUGAAUGGGAGAAGACCCUUGUUGUAGGCCCCCUUUUUCUGAAAAAUAAACCCAGGUCUGUGGUGUCUGAACAUCUUGCAGCUGCAGAAAAGCAACAAUCUGGUUCCUCUGUUCUGGUGCUUGGGUCAGUGUUGGGUGGACUAGCUCUUGCUGCUUCUACUUUCCUUGGUUUCUUUUUGUACCGCAAACAAAUUUCUAAUUAAAUGAGCUGGAAUAAU